UGAUUGUAUCAUACUCAUUGAGAAUUGAGAAAUGAGAUUAUAAUUAGUAUUGAGUAGUUACUGACGAAUAUCGCAAAUUUUAAAGAAGUUUUCUCAUGUUAGAUUGAGGUGAUAAUUUCUGUAUCGAUGGUGUGACAUCAGAUUAAAAAGCUCAUACUAAAAUGACAUCGAGAAGUAAGAAUGCUGUGCGGAGUUAUGAGACCGAGAUUGAAAAGAGUAGAGAAGAAUCUAACUGGAAGAAGGCUGUUGAGUUGGCUUUGCAGCUCAAGGCGAGGUCGCCUCAACAUGAAAGUUUAGCACAUUUUCUUAUUGGAGAAGGCAAGCUCGAAGCCUUUCUUGAUGAAUGUCCACCAAUCAAGGAUAACAUUGAGAGGGCACAGAGAGAACUCUCGGAAGCUAAAGGAUUCCUAAACCUUGCUACUGAUGAAGCUGGGAAGAGAGCCGGUGUUGCAUUAGAUGCUCACCUCUUGUUGGGAAAGUUGCAUUUUGCUUGUGGUUCCUAUGAUGAUUCAUUAAAACAUUAUAAACAUGCUGAAUUGAAUACACUCACAGAGAAAGAGUUGCCGCUACGGAGUCUGCGGAUCGUGGCCGAGUCGUACGCGAUCAAGGGCCUGUGUCUGGAGCAGACGGCCGUGCCUUCCUCAACCAGCCGCUUCAAGAUGGUGGAACGGGAGGCCGAAAUGAUCCACAGUUUCGAGUUGGCAUCAGAUUUAACAUUGCUGUACCUACAACGCGCGACUUCAAACGUUCGUGCGGGUGCCACACUCGAGACAGCGCUACAGCGGGCACCCUUGCUUCACAUUCGCGCCGGUCGCCUGGCCUCUGCUAUCGACAGGUACCGGGAGAUGCUGACCGCAGUAGAGUCCACGUCCACACAGGCCUUGCGGCUCACGCUCGCCAGACAACUGGCUGAGGUGCUGAUGAGAGGAGUCACUGGCCAAGUGUACAAGGCGCCAACGAAAGUGUCUCCACCAGUCCAGAGCGGUGGCACGCUGUCCCGACGCCGUGAGGAAAACGUGUCUGAAGGUCCCUGGAAACCCAGAAAGUACACGGCUCUUAACCAGUUCGUGCCCCGCAACGAGUACGAGGAGGUGUUGUUGGUCCUGCUGGUGGGAGAGGCGAUGGCCGUUCGUGACGCAGUCCUGUCACAGAGCGCGGAGUUCGAGACGGCUCGCGCCCACUCGUUACGGAACGCCGUCUCCAUCGUGGACCUGCUGGCACUGGCUGCCGUACGCUGGGGUCAGCUGCCGCUGGUGCUGGAGUCUCUCGAACGCGCAAUGAAGUUCUCGUUCGGGUGCGGUCACGUGUGGCGCGCGCGUGCGCUGGCGACGGCUGCGGCGGCUCGACCCACACACGCGCAUCCGCAACACGCACACCACGCUGCGCAUGCGCACAGGACCGCACGCGGCAGUAGUGCGUGCGGCGCGGGCGUGCGUGCGGUGUGUGUCGCGCGCCGGGCCGCUGCUCUGGAGCCGCGCGACGUGGCCCUGCGGCUGGUAGCGGCCGCCACGUGCCAGCGCUCCGCCUGGAUAGAGGAGAGUAUAGAGUUCGCGGAAGAAGCGCUAGAGAUCGAAAAAGAGAACGAGGGGUUUCUUUUGGCGAGGUGUUACCUACACUGCGGCAUCGGAUAUCAGAUGAAAGCACAGAAAACAAAUUGUCGAAAAGAGAAGGAGUCCGCGAAUGCGACUGCGUUAUCUCACUUGUUGGAGGCGGUGAGACUAGAUGACAACGAUCAUCUCGCUUUUUACCAUCUCGCGUUGCAGCACAUGUACAUGGGGAUGUUGAACGAGGCCAUGGACGCGACGCGGGCGUGUCUUCGGGUGCGUGCGGAAUGCGGUGGCGGGCUGCGGCUGGCGUGCGCGCUGUGGUCGUGCGCGGCGGCGGGGGCGCGGGGCGCGCGGGGGCUGGACGCGGCGCGGCUGGCGCGGCACCACUACCCCGGAGCGGAGUGGCCGCUGUGGACCCUGGCCGCGCUGCAGAGUGUGUGGGAGAGCGAGGCGGCGCUGGCGACGGGCAAGGAGCUGCUGAAGUUGCUGAACAGCGGCGAGGAAGACGGCGAGCAGCAGUACUGUGAGCUGGAUGCACUGUCAGACUCCGUGCACGACACGCACAGCAACCGGGAUGCCGCAUCGAUCCGCGCGGAGUGGGCGGGCGCGUACAAAGCAGAGCGCGCGCUGUCGGCGGGCGCGUCCUCCCUAUCGCUCUCCAUGCAGCGUGCCACGCCGCUCGCCGAGCACCGCGCGCACGCCUGGCUACUUUUGGCCGACCUUUGUCUCAGGCUGGGUCGCACCAGCGCGGCUGCCGGCUGCGUGUCGGAGGCGGCCGCGCUCACUCCCUUCAGCCACCUGGUCCUCUACACGCGAGGCCUCGUACACAGCGCCAGUAGCGAGUGGGAGGAGGCGAGACAAUGCUACCGGAACGCAUUGGCGAUACACCCCACGCACGUGGACAGUCUGCUGCAGCUCGGCGGCGCGUACUACGAGCUGGGGUGGCUGCGGCUGGCGGAGCGCGCGCUGCGGGAGGCGGGCGCGCUGGAGCCGGGCCGCGCCGACGUGUGGCGGCGCCUGGCGCUCGUGCUGGCCGCACUCGACGAGCCCGCCGCCGCCGCCGACGCCGCCGCCGCCGCGCUACAGCUGCACCCGCGGGACAUCCGCGACCCCACGGCGCUCUACUCCUAGCGAUUGAAAACGAAGUUUAAUCAAGAAUAAACUGCCAAUAUUGUCCCGUGAAGUCACAAUAUACUUAAUUAUUAUAGAAAUUGCGUGCGGCACGAGUACACGCACGUGCGAUGUGUACUGUAUUGGGUGAUGGCAAAGAGGAUGUAAAUACUACGUAAUAAGAGGCGGAACUGCCUAAGUAAAAAUUGAAAUUUAGUUUUAUAUGAAACGUGCAGUGAUUUGACAUAAGUUUGAAAUGGUAGUAAUUACAGUAUCGCGAUCGGCGACAAAGUAUAAUCCGGCUAAGUUUGAAAGCGAACAGUUGCUUAAAACGUAGUGGAUUUCGGCUAUCACCGUUUUUUACCAGCAUAUAGCCGUCAUCUGUCAAUCUGUCAAUGACGGCACGUUUCAUACAAUCGAGUGAACCGCUUUUUUCUUAGAGAGUUUCGCUAGGCUGGGUUAUAGUAAUGUUAUUUAAACAUAUCUCGAGCUAUGUUACAGAUUUAGGAUUCAGUGUUUGUAUAUCCUGUGAAAUAGCAGCAGUGAAAUUCCGAUUAAUUGUCAAGAGUGCUAAGAAAAGUGUAAUGCGAAUUGAAAUUAUACGAUUUAAUAAAUGAAACUUUAAAAUAAUAUUGUUAAAUAUUGCGAUCAUAUCACCGAAUAACCGUUACCAGAAAAUUGUGUGAAAUAUUUGUAUACGUUCAAUUCCGCACAUAUUAUAUAUAUUACCUUUUUGUUGGAUUAUUUUUGCCGCUUGUUCAAUCUAUCAAAUUUUAUGAACGAUGCGGGACCCGAACCCGCGACCUCUCGCGUUCCGUGCGAGUGCUCUUUCACUGAGCCAACCUGAGACAUAAAGUUUUAUGUAAUAAAUCCCUGGAGUGAGGGUUAUCACUUUCAAAAAAAUUACAAAUUGUUUAGAUUGGAAAGAGCGACAUCUAAAAUCAAUUUCCUAAUAUGCAAAUAUUUGAUAAUUGAGCAGAUUAUCAACUGUAAAGUAGAUCCUGUAGAUGAAGCCACAACCUGAGAGUUGAACAAAGCAUACAAGAUUUAUGUCGAGUCGAGUCUUUGUUUCUGGGAUUUUGUUUCUAAAAUUAAUUUGUGUAAUCACGUUCGAUGCCAACAUGAUCCCGUGGCUGUUGAAAUUUUGGUCUUCUGAUAAAAUAAAAUUGCGAUAUGUAUUUUCGUAAUCCAAUAAUGAUGUUAAUCUGACACUGUUUAAGAAGCUCUCUUCUUAAGAGAGAAGAAAUCGAAACAAAUAUUAUAUCUGGAGGUCUCUAAUUCAUAAAUGAAGAAUCUUAGAUCAUUUAUGCGUCUAAAUAGGCUGUGACAGCUGUGAAAACGUCGAAAAAUUGAAGUUCACAGUUAACCUCUGUUUUGAGUACAAAGUGACAAAUCGCGAGUGUAGUCACGCACACUAAAGUAAUAAACUUGGCCUGUUUUCAUUGGUUGUCUAGCAGCAACAAGCUCUUUCUUUUUGUUAUUGUUCAAAAUAUACAAGAAACAAACUUACUAAACAAUUUAAGCCAUCCUUAUAAAACUUAAGUGUUUAUGUGAGGAAUAGCGAGUUCACUUAUACUAAACUUAAAAUAUUUUAAUAUUAAUAAUCUAAAAAUAUCCAAUUGAAGUAGAAAAUUUUCUACAUAUAAUAACAUGACUGAAUUAAAUAGCAAAGGAGACAAAGUAAAAUAAAAACAAAGAAAAAUAAUGAAAAAAUGAGACAUAGAGACAUUUCCUACAGUAUAUAACACUGAUCAGCCGCACUCAUUCCCAAGAAAUGUCUUUUACAUCGCCAAUUAUCUAGAUAUAUAAAUUAUGUAAGUGAAAUAAUAUUUUUAAUUUGUGCAGAGCAAAAUAUUCGUUUUUUUUUGUGGACUGUAUAUUAAAUUUAAUAACACACAAAAUUUUCACUGCGGCGAAUAUAAUUUCUCCGUCGCUUGGUUCCGAAACACAGAUAAGUAUGUGUGGUUCUCUUUUCGCAGAAUGCAUCAGGAAAAAUUAUCAAAUAAGAUUCAUGCUUAAUGGACUUAGUCAAGCAGAAAUGACUCAAACCACACUUAGGCACUUUUGAGUAAUAGGUAUUUGAAGUUUCAGCUCUAAAUAAUUAAUCGUCCAUAUAAAUAUCCUAUAUAAAUAUAAAAAAAAAAUAGUUUCCGUGUACGUUUAAAGAAUAGGAGUUUCACUACAUGUCAGAUUCGACCUUCAGGAGUACUAUGGCAUACUUAAUUCUAGUUCUUAUUCAUAAUGGUCCGCUAACUUUAAACAGCCGCUUAGGAGUGUUUUUUCUCAUUCUAACUUAAAUCAGUAGAAGAAGACAGAGUGAGAAUUAGCAAUGCUUUAAGUUAGCAGACUGUUAUGAUUAAGGGGGUAAUAAUAUACGUGCGAGCCGGCGUGUCUGUCUGUUUGUCGCGCGCUGUGUACUUGGCUUAAGGAUAAGUGUUCGCAAGUAUGAUAUAUAUUGUAAAAACUGUUAACUCGAUAAGUCGUUUUUGUCCAUAUAUAAAUUUAAUAUUCUUUACUUGGUGUGUCGCUUUUUAUUACGUGUUAUAUUAAUCCAUAUUUUAAUAUAUAUAAGUGUAUUUGAUUUUUAAAUUAUCUAGAAUCUAGAUGGUGCGGUACGGGUUAUAAGUAGGUGAUUUACUUAUUUUUUGCACGUCGAUUAAGGGUAUGUUCCGAUAUGCACUGCGACCACUGUACAGUGUGACGUCAAUUUAGUAUACUGUGAAGCCGUUCCUUUAUACCCAGUUAUAUUGGUUACUAUUUAAAACGGAACGCAAUCCCGUAUACUGUCAGCCGCAUUUUUUGACGCAGCAUUCAAAUGAGUGUAUUAAAGUUUUCAAGUUCAUUAAAAAUAUUUGGGACUAAACUGUAGGUAUUGUUUAUAAAACGUUAGGCACUCGAGUGGUUUUGACUGAUCACGUGAUCAAAGUACUGCGAGUACCUACCUUAUUUCGAAAACGCCAGUGCUCACAGUAGAAUAUGGCGGCGAUUUAUGACGUCAUAUAUUUCCCUAGGGUACUGCAGCAGUAUACUGGCAGUCCAUAACGGAACGAAUUUUUCUACAGUGAUAGCACUGUGCAGUGCUCGCAGUGCAUAUCGGAACAUACCCUUAAUAAUUUGAUAUAUUAUCUCUUUCUGUAGCGUUGUCUAUUAUAUGUUCAAGCCUUAUGUGUCUGAUACAGUUAUAGACAAUGUAAUGAUAAUUUAAAGAGCUUUUGCUUAUUUAUUAUCAACUGUUUUUAAAGUGAUAUUUAAGUACUACCUUCGAAUAUAUCGCACUAAAAAACAGCCAUACUGAAAAAAUAUUUAGAUAACCAAAAAUUGAUGUUGUAUCCUUAUAUCGUCUAUGCGAUGCUAUGUGAUCCUACUAGAUUAACAAUAAAUUAAACUAAUUUUAAAAAUUUUGUAAAAUUUUUGGAAGCGAAAUCCUGUUUAGCAUGUUGAUGAAACGAAAAAGCGCGACAAUAAAAAGACACACAGUCAUAAGAUUUAUCGUGGGAGAAAAUGAGAUUGGAAGCAUUAUACAUUGUUCUGGUACCAGGCGUUCAUAGUUGAAGAAGAGAUUGUCUUCUGUAUGACGCGAGUAUACCUUAAUAUAUUCUGACGUCAUGCGCACGACAUAGUACUACAUAGACACCAGGAGAACAUAAAUAUGAUAGCAGUGAUAGUAAUAUCUUUCAUAGCGGUUUAUAUCAUGUGUCAUCAUCCUAGCAACAUGUACCAGGACUUCAUAUACAGUUUAGAGACAAUGCAGGUUUCACCUCUGACAUGUGUACUUUGUAACCACGCAAUAUAUUUUUCAAUAGCGGAAAUUAGAUGCUGAGAAAUUAAGUACAUAUUACCUAUGAUUAAUAAUAUAAUGUUUCACCAAAAUGUAUGAUCACAGCCUGUCCGCAAUUUCAUAUUUUCGGUUAUAAUUGGGUUGCAGUUUGAAGCCUAAUUAUAUCUAGGAUAUUCUAAGUCCACGGUGCGAUGGAUGCGACCAUAUUAAGAACAAAUGUGGCCACAUUUUUAUUUAAAUCCAUUUUUCUCUUUCUAACUCUGUUAAACUUGUUACCUUUUACCUAGUACAUUUUUGGUCGACAUAUAUUUAUUGAUUACUGCAUUCCGGUAUGUUAUAUUUUUUUAAUAUUAUGUCGAGUUAUUAUGUGAUAUAUUUCCUUUUUUCAUUAAAUUCCUUAGAUUAAGGAAUCGUCUCCGCCUCGAUCCAACUAAAUUCCGCAGGCGUAGUCGCAAAUUGCGGCAACUAAUACUACGACCAGCCGGUCUCGAACAAUGUGUGACGUAGAGGUGCCGCAUGUUCUGUUAAACUUUACUAUUGAUUGAAACUAAAUUGUCGAGUUGCGUAGUAAAUCUUUGUCAAAGUAAUACUACAAGAAAUAAGAAAGACCCUGGGAUCACAUAUCAUCAGUAAGUAUUUUGUAUUUUAUUAAUUUCAAUGUAAAAUAACACGAAGCGUAUGUUACAAAAUUUGAAAGAUACCAUUGCUAAGAUGCCACGCACACAAGCAUCUAAUAGUUGCCGUGAUAAAAAAGCUAUUGUUCUUAGGUAGUGCGGUAUCUAGUUGGAGCGCGGCGUAGACCAAUCCUUAAUUUAAGAAUGCAUGCUUCUUAAGUUAGUUUAUUUUAAAUCAACAUUCAAACUUUAUGUUUGUAACAGCGUCAAAAUUUUCGCAAAACGCUUGUCAAACAACCGUAAGUAACUAUUAAUACCCUUUAGUGUCUUCUUACUGUAACUGUAUUCUGUGAUUUUUGUAUAUUGUAUAAGUACUUAAUUCGUGUCUUUUGUAAAUAAUAUAUACCAACGUGUUUAUAUACCAACGUUUACACUUACAUAUUCGAACGCUGAUAUGUGGAUGCGAUUUUAGAAUUUCGUAUAAAUAUGCGCUCGAAUUAAAAAAACUACUAACAAUCAAAAUAAUUGUCAAAUAGUCACAAUUAAUAAGUUCUAUCAUUAAUCGCCUCCCUGGCAAUGAAUUAUUAUAACUUAUGCCAUUUGAGUACAGUAAAAGCUUCCUUCAUUCGCGUUUUCACUAUUUGUGAAGAAAAAUGCGACCCAAUUCCUAAAAUUCCUUUAUUCACAGAUCUAAUCGGCACAUAUGUACAUACAUAUUAAUAAAAAGGAUUCGAAUAGGUAUCCAACUCAAUAUCCCUUUUUAACGCGUCAUCAAAAUCAACCUUACCUAUUUAAGGAGCUUUAAAAACUGCAAAGCUAGAAAAAAUUACAGAAUCCUUUAACCAUUGCCUUUGCCUGAAUAUAAUUUAUCAAUAUGAUCAAAAACUUCAAUAAAAUUGUUUUUUUUUUUUUUUUUUUUUUUUAAUAUUUGUCCUUAUUUCUAUUUCUCCUAGGAUCGUAUCCUCUAUAAUUCCAUAUAAAUUAUCAUUCCAUAUUCACGGUUUCUGCAUUCGCGGCAUUUUAUGGAACUUAUACACCCCGCGAAUAAAGAACUUUUACUGUAUUCUUUACUGUAGGCGGCACCACAAUACAGUAAUAAAACAAUAUUUUAACUUCAUACUAAAGAACACGAAUCGACGCACAAACACACGAUUUACGCGGCCGCUUAGCAAUCUUGGGGAGGCAAAACUAUUGAGUGCCACGCUGUACGCCGCUUCCGGAGUUUGGCCCGGUUUCUACCAAAGCGGAGAGGAGAGGAGAUGCGUUUUGAUUACCAAUCGGAUUUCGUUAUUUCCACAUCUCAUCUCCGCUUAGCUUCGGUGGAAAUGGAUCAUGCGGAGAGCAGAUAUGUUCAAUUUUUGUUUGAUUUUGUGCUGCGAGCGAGUAAGCAGCGCGGCAGAACGGAGAUGUGAGAUGUCUGUAGCCGGGCGGCGCGGAGCCCGCACUUUCAUGCCCUUUUCCCCGCACCUACUCCUCGCGUCUCGCACACCCGAAACCGUCAUUUAUUUGACUGACUGAUCUUGAAUGUAAAAAGCGUUCCUUGCGUAUUUUUAAUCGGCUACUAGUUUAGCGACGUAUUUUAACUUAAAAAAAGGAGGACGUCUUCCUUUCGUAGAUAUCAGAUUUAGAUCUCUCACAGCUCACAUAUCUCCGCCUUGGUGGGAAUAACCUGACCGCUUCGCGGCUAAUCUUCUCUCGUCUCUUCUGCUCUCCGCUUUGGUGGAAACCGGGCCUUAAAUUAGCUGCGCCCCGCCGUCCGCGUCGCCAAUCUUUUUUUAUGUACCAACCCUAGCGUUCCGCCAAGACGUAGGUGUAAAUUUCAAUGAUACCGCUGAGUUACGCUACUGUUAUAUUACUUGUACUAUGGCGGCACCAUCCGCCGAUAGCUAUUGCAUAUAAAGAAAGACCAUAUCCGGAAGUACGCUUGAUUAUUAUACAGGUUGGGUUAGGGCGGGUUUUAAGUACUUAUGUUUGGAUCGUUUCUUAAGGGUUUGUAUUAUGAAGUAAAGUUAAAGAUGCGUGAAAAGCAAUAAUAUAUGUCAGUAGAUAUUCGUGGGAAGGUUUUUUAUUAAUAAAUAUAAACUUAUGAUAGGUAACUGUCCUGUCCAGAAAUAUGGAAAUAAAUGAUUUUAUAAUCGACUCAGUAUAAUCGAUUCAGUCUCCAGCCUAUGUUUUAGAGUGUGUUCUAUGCAGUAGCUUGAUAAGAGAUAAAAAAGAUACAUAAGAGAUUCAGAAAGAACUAAUAGAAGUGCAGAGUACGAAUACGUAAUAGUAUUACGCUUAGAUCAUUUAAACGGCUAGAUAGGCUGUGAUGGCUGUGAAUACGUCGUAUAAAAAAUCGGGGUUGACUGUCAAUCUCUAUUUUUUAAGCAAUGCACGCACACUAACACAGUGUCAUACAAAUCGCGAGUGUAAGACGUAGCUUGUCACGCACACUAAAGUAAUAAACCUGGCCUUUUUCCAUCGGUUGUCUAGCAGCAAGAGGCUCUAUCUAGACGUAUAAAUUAUCUAAGCGAUUACGCUUACUUGGACACUGUCAAAUACAACGUCCGUCAUUGAGUAUUGCCAUUGACCUCUGCUAUAUACCAAUGGAAAAGUGCUCUUGUGCCUGUUUGAUAUUCGCCAUUUUGGCGCUGUUGGCCAUGUAGCAAGAGUCUGCGGUACUAAAACUAGUGAUGACAACCUCAGCAAACAUCUAAAGAUGGUAGGAAACAAACAAUAGACGUAAAAAACGUUGAUUCUUGAAGAAUAAAUAACACGGAAAACAAACGAAAUUGAUUCACAAUGUAAAAAUACUUCAGAGUAUUGUACGUUCCUUCGCAGCCAGUGGUUUUACAUACAUUUCCUUGAGUAUUGCAGAUAAUGUGUUAGAUUGAAUGCCAUGCCAGUUGCUUUAAUAUACUUGUACAUGGAUUAGGUAUAAAUAUUAUUCUACAUUUUGGAUUUGGAUUGGCCGUAGACUACUGCCCCGUUACUUUCCACUGGGCGACCUGUGGAGGGUGCGAUACCGUUGUUGUUCAGUUACCUACUAUACCUUGUACUAUAUUAUAUACUGUUAAAUACGUUGUAUUAUAUUCUUGUUGUAUGUCUGUCUAUACGCUGUAAAGUAGAUGUUGGUUCAAUGUUGUUGUAAAUAAUUAAUAAUUUGAAAUAAAUAUGAUACCUAUGUUG